AUGUCAUAUUUCUCUCCUCGAAGUCCGAUCUUAUCGCCAAGGUCACCGAUCGUGGAAGAUUUUCUUUCUGAUUCCAAUAGCAUUCUCACCUCGGACGAGCCACUAUCCCCGACACUGCAGCCCCAACGAAAAUAUACUCUAUUAAAGGCGAAACCAACCACACAACUUUCCCUAGGAAUUUCUUCACCUUCGGCAUAUAGCUCUUCUGAAGGGUCAUCAGUGAAAAGUUUUAACGCAAUUUCAAAUAAAAUCGAAAGUGUCAUUAAUGGCGGCGAAACGUCUUCAAAAGAAGGCACAGUGGAUGACUUCCUGCUAGGUCUCAUGAACAGAUCUACCUCGACCUCUUUGAACGAUCUACCUACAAACAAACAUUUCUCUGGUUUUAGUAAUGGAAAAAGUCAACUAAGCAGCCACAGGAAAGCAAUUGAUGGUGACGAUCUGGAAAAUGAACCUAAUUCAGAAGGAGAAGGAUUAGAACAAGACGAGUGCACAGAGAAUGCUGACAACACGCUUUCCGAAGACACUUUGAUUCCGCUCGACAACGAAUAUUGUGGUUAUCGUCGAAAGUAUGGACAUGAAGAUCCUCAGUCGAUUACUUGGGUACGACACAGAAAACAUUUCUUUAUUCUAAGUAGUGCGGGGAAACCUAUUUAUACACGUUAUGGCGAUGAAUCGCAAAUCUCAAGUUACAUGGGUGUGAUACAAGCUAUUGUUUCAUUUUUUGCGGAUUCCGACGACACAAUAAGAUGCAUAAAUGCGGGACAACACAAGUUCAUAUUCUUACUCAAAGGUCCUUUAUAUCUCGUUGCCGUUUCGAGAACAAAUGAAUCUGAAACUCAGCUCAGGGACCAACUAAACUAUUUGUACAAUCAAAUUUUGAGUGUGUUAACUUCCACACAAUUAACAAAGAUUUUUGAACAAAGAAUUAAUUUCGAUCUGCGCCGACUGUUGGGAGGUACAGAACCUUUCUUGGACAAUCUUACAAAAUCGAUGAGUGACGAGCCAGGUUUUAUGCUCGGUGCUAUUCAGUGUGUACGAAUGAGCAAAGAUCUACGCGAAAAAGUGGGGAGCAUAAUGCAAUCGGCAAAAUCAAAGAACCUUCUAUAUGCAAUGUUAAUAACAAAUAACAAAUUAAUAACUCUAUUGAGGCCGAAAAAACAUAGCCUUCAUCCUGCAGAUCUUCACCUGGUUUUCAAUAUGGUCAAUGGAUCGUCAACAUUUAAAUCGGUCGAAUCUUGGACACCCAUAUGUCUCCCGAAAUUUAACAACAAGGGCUUUUUGCAUGCAUAUGUAUGCUAUGUAGCUUCAAAUAUCUGUCUGCUUCUUAUCUCACCCGACAAAGAUAAAUUUUUUGAAUUAUCCGAGGCAAAAAAUGUUAUAGUCGAGCAAAUGUCCACAGGAAAAAUAUUGCAAUCGGUAGAAGAUGCAUUGCAGAAUGAGGUUUAUUCAAUUGCGGACGUGGGUGUCCCGGGUCUACGUCAUUUUAUUUAUAAAUCAAGAACACACGUGCAAUACACCUCCCCAAUUUUUGUGGCCCCCUACAACAAUCCUCGAGAAAAACAAAAACUAUUCAAAUUAUACCGUUAUACACAUGACCGAAUGCAUUCACGAGUGAGACCUCUCAAAGUUCACUAUUAUGUGAGCCCCUCGGAAACAAUUUUAGGAUGGAUAACUUCAAGUUUCGAAUUAUAUGCUGCGUUUGGACCCCUUGUAUCAAAAUCGGCUUUGACAUCAUCUUCGCAUGUCCUAUUAAGGUGGAUCAAAAGAGAAGAAGAUAAUCUGUUUAUAGUAAAUUCUCCGGUGUUCUAG